CUCGUGUUCAGGUGUGCAGUGCAGACUCGUUUUUUCCAACUUCGUUGUAAAUUGUGUAAUUAAUUUUUACAUAGAUUUUUCGUUUACUGUGAUCAAUAAUACCCAUAAGUGCUAGCACUGAUUGCACUUAACAGUGGUCCUGUGUUUUGUGGACCUAAUGUUUUUGCAGAUGGCGAACCAUUAGGCUUGAAUUUCACGUACUUUCUGGACGUAGGUUCGUUCCCCUUCUGUAAGUCGUGAUUAGUUUAGUUAUAUGCCCAUAGGUUAGUUAAGAUUAGCUCUAUUCUCAUUGGAAGUAGAAUCAGGUAGUUUUUUGUUGUUUUCAACCAAGAUAGAGUCCAUCACACCAAAACUUUCCAAUCCUAGUGUAGUGUCACCAUGCUAGUGUCUCAUUGCAUUGCAGACUUUGCAGUAUUGUAAAUUUACUAAAUUAUGUGGUAAUGUAACUUAUCUAAAAAUGUUGGCAGUGUUACACCAUUCUGCCAAUGUGAUGUCCAAUAUUAAUUCUGUUCUAAUAUUUUUUUAUUUUUAUUUCUCAUUUUGGACUGGAAACCUACUUGCUCAUGUUCUGUGGACCUUUUUCUGAUUCCUGCUGAGCAUCCCGUUCCCGUGCAUCCUUCUGCACUCCAACAUUUGAAUAAUAUUCGAAAUUUCGUGCGAUUAUUUCACGAUAAUCAGGAAUCUGUUACUGCGAGAAUUGCCAGCAGUCACACACGGACGUCUAACGCCCAUUAUGGAAACACCAGAUGAAACGUCUCAUUUCUUGCAGGAGCCCCAAUCUAAGAAGAAAUCUGUUACUCCGAUAAUGGCCAUCACUCCCGACAUCCGUCCUGGACGAAGACUGACGUCAAAAGUAGGUCAACCAAAACUCCCGAAAUCGCACAAACAAUCGUAAAAGAAAAGACGCAUACCUCAAUAGAUUCUCAGAAUACCCUCAACCAGCAUCGUCCGUUAUCUAUCCUGCCAGCGAAGUCUUCGCUUCAAUUGAAUCAGCAAGUUUGCCCAUUUUUCUUUUGUACCGUUGGUGUUUUCUGCGGGUGAUUCACGACUUUAAUUCUAAAUAAUGUCAUAAUGUCUUUAUAAUCACAUAUCUAAGCGAAACUUAAUUUUGCUCCUUCUUGUUGACAUUUAAUCCACCAACUACCACACUCGUUUCACCUUCAGGUGAAACCUCAUCUCAGGUAAAGCACGAAAUUUGAUUUCCCUAUGUAAUCCUCCGUGCUCUUCUCUCCCUAAACCUUCGAGUGCGUAUUUCAGUUCGCUUGCUUUGGGUAUGUACACGAGUUGAUGAGAUGAGAUCCCCCGAGUGUGGUCUAACUAAAAAUCCGAUGGCUUUUGUUACAAGGGAAUCGCUAUCCAAACUGUCACGAAUCCGCAAACUUCCCCGACAAAAGUAUCCGUCUCACUCACUGAUGUAAAAGUAAGUGACUCUCUAAUCUAAAAGUAAAUGAUUCUGACAUGCUUGCUAUAACGAAACUAAGCGAUGAAAUAUGAACGAUACCAAUAAUUCAUCCCACUAACAAACUUAACACUGGAGUUGUCGGACUAUCGAUGUCGGGAUAUGUUACCCUCAUUUCAUUUGAUUUUAAUUGUGAUUAAUCUAAAAAUAAUUGUGCUCUUUCUGACUGUGAUAAAAUUAAAUUUUCCUAAUCUAUUAUGCUUUUUUAUGUCCCGAUGUUAGGUUGAAAAUUGGUUUAUUUUGACGGCAAGUGUCAAACUUGCUUUUAAACGAAAAAGAAAGUAAUAUCUGCUGUAUUUUUAUAAGCUGCCUUCGCCAUGGUGAACUGCCCGGCAACCGGCUGUUAUAUCUUUGAAAUGCUCUAAAGCAACAGGACGUUGUUAGGUAUUUGACGCACCCACAAGACGCGCGCAUGCCGAGAGAACUGGAACCGAAGACCGCAACGCAUAUAUUCACGAAGAGAAAAUGCUCGAACUCAGUUAGCUUCAGAAUGGAAGAUCGAACAUCGGUCGUCAAUGUAACACCGCCUUGGCGAAAGACGUUCGACUUCCAGAUGAUGCAGGAGGACAUCACUUUCGGACAAGAAUGUUUCCGCAAGGCGAUCUUGGUCGUUGGUUUGUUUUUGAAUUGUACCGUGUUGCUAGUGGUGAGCUGUUCACGACAGUUGCGUUAUCCUCGGCACAUUUUCUGGGCCGUCAUUUCGUUUUUUGAAUGCCUCUUUCUCAUUCAAUGCGCACUUGAACUGGCCAUUGUUUUUAAUCAAGAUCAACUGGCCUGUCAGAUUUUCAUUGUACUUGCGCCAGUCGUUUAUUCCAUUCUCUUACUCAUCCUUUCAAUGGCCGCACUUGACCGCUACUUGGCUAUCGUCCGCUAUGAAUGGUACAAGAAAAGCGUCACUAAUUGUGGAGUCAUCACCGUAAUUUCCUUUGCGUCUUUCCUGUCAUUCGUCGUCAUCACCAUCCCGUUUUGGACUGGCAAUCAAUCAAUUCACACCUGUAGCACCAAUUGGGUUGACAUGUACUGGGUCCUUCUUUGGGACUUGUCUUUGGGUGUCACCUGCGUCAUUCUCCACUUUAAAAUCUUCUAUGAAUCCAGAACUCUCAUCCAGCAGUAUCUACCCAACUAUCACCAGCAGUCCGUCACAGUCAAAUUUGUCAACUCUCGAUCGGGAAACUCCAAUUUCGGAUUCGGUAGUGCGGAGCCAAAACCAGUUCCGGAAAAGAUUUCCGUUGCCUUCGCGGAACAUUCAGCCGUUGCUUUGAAUGAAAAUGACGCUUGUUUGCAUCCUGACAAUUACCGCCUACCACCGGCUAUUACCCAUCUCGACACUGAAUUCUUCCCCUGGAUGAAAACCCGCUCAAAGAUCAGUAGACUUGAAGUGCGAGCCGCUCUUAACAUGUCCGUCAAUAUUUUACCAUUUUGGUUAUGUACUUUUCCGGUUUCUUGUACCAUUAUAUCUCUUUACUGGUGCAUACGGCUCGAAGGCGAUUGCGACAUGAUUUUGCGUGCAUUGCCAUACGUGUGGAGUUCAUUCCAACUUCAUAGUGUCUAUAAUCCCGCGAUGUACAUGUGCACAAGUUCCGAGUUCUGGCGAGCUUUUCUUCACAUGAAAAGAAAAUUGACUAAUCCUUUUCAUAUCCACAAGAGUUAGAUUUUUGCUUAAUCGAUUUGUCGUUGUGCAUUGUGAAAUUUAUUAAAGAAUACAUUAAAACAGAAUCGAAUUUUACUACUAAGAGCUCUAUCAUAAAAGAUUUUGAAUUCUAAUUACUAUGUCGUAACUUUUGAAUUGGAAUUAAGAACUAGUUAAGCUGAAAAAAAGAAGAUGAUUUUUAUGACACAACAAUGUAAAAUGAAGCAAAAGACCCAUAGCUUUAAUUUCUUUGUUAAUAUAUUCUGUUUAUCUUGUAAA